UGAAUUGAUACGACUAUAGAGUAAACAUUACUCGGUUACUCCGUAUAAUUUUACAGUUUCGACCGUCCUUUUUAACCCAACCAAAACUUCCCUUCAAUUUUCCCAACUCCCCACAACUCGUCCUCCAAAACCUUCCCAUCCCAACCUCAAAUCCCACUGGCUAAAACCUCUCCCACACGGAUCGCCAGCGUGUCAUCCUCCCAACCGUCAGAUCAAACCCCACACAACCCACAACCAUCCGAUCCCACCCGCUCAAUUCCCCCCCAAAAAUCAACCUCAUUUCUCCCCACCUAUACAUACCACCUCAUUCACUCCUCCCACCAUUCCCAAUUUCCCACCUCCUCAUUUUCUCUCUCCUUCAUUAACAAAAAAAAACCUUCAAUUUCUUCAUCAAUGGAGUCCUCCAAAACCACCACCAAAGGCGCCGGUGGCCGCCGCGGCGGUGAGCGUAAGAAAGCCGUCCGUCAAUCCGUUAAAGCCGGCCUUCAAUUCCCCGUCGGUCGAAUCGGUCGUUUCCUCAAAAAAGGCCGUUACGCUCAACGUCUUAGCUCUGCUUCCCCCGUUUACCUCGCUGCUGUUCUCGAAUACCUUGCUGCUGAGGUGUUGGAGUUAGCAGGGAAUGCGGCACGUGACAACAAGAAGAGCAGGAUAAUACCUCGGCACGUGCUGUUGGCAGUAAGGAAUGAUGAUGAACUCGGGAAGCUUCUACAAGGUGUGACGAUUGCGCACGGGGGUGUUCUUCCUAAUAUAAACCCCGUGUUGUUGCCGAAGAAGGUUGAUAAGAAGGAAACUCCUCCUUCUCCCAAGGCUGCUAAGUCUCCCAAGAAGGCCUAAUUAUUAUUAUCAUUAAUAAUGAUUGGGUUUAUUUUAUUAACAUUAGUUAUGAAUAUUAAUGUAUGGAUGAUGGAUGUACAUUUUGGGAUUAUAUAAUAUGGUACCAAAUCUUCUAAUCUUAGGGUUAAGGUUAAUUUUGGGUAUGUAAAUCGGAAGUAAGGUAGUGCAGUUAGUUUAUGAGGAAUUAUGGGUUUAAUUUCUCCCUCCUAUUUUGCUGAACAAAUGUUAUGAUAAACGAAUUAGUAGUUUUAAUAUGCACA